UGGUGGUAGCUGUGGGGUCUGGGGCCUUGGCGGGGGCCAUUUUGCCAAAGGCUGUCUCCCGGAGCGGCCUGGCAGCUGGUUAGAGUUGGUGUUUUUCGUCCUCUGCAGCUUGAGGCCUGGAGAGGAACAGGAAGACUGGGCUCCAUCGAGCCCUUCGGAGACGGCAAUGGUUUCCUCCAACCAUCGCCAUCUGACUACCCUCCAUGGCGGCUGCGCCCUCCGCGCUGUUCCUGCUGCCACCCCUUCCAGCCCUCUGUGCCUAUCGCCUCCAGAGCCGCAGUCUUCCUUCCGCCCCAGAGACUGAUGAAAGUCGAAUUGGGGCCACCAUGAGAGGAGAGAAAAACUACUGCUGCCGUGGAGCUGCCGGCGACCACAGUUCCUGCCCCCCGACACCUUCUCCUCUGGCCUCGACCCUCUUGAUGCCCGCGGAUGCCGUGUCUAGCAGCUGGUCUGGGUCUGGAGGUGGUUUGUCAGGGGGAGACGAAGAAGAUACUCGGCUCCUACAACUGUUCCGCGCGGCGCCGGAUCCUUCCGAGGCCUUCCAGGCUUUGCAAGCUGCUUUGCCGCGGCGGGGUGGUCGACUUGGCUUUCCCCGACGGAAGGAAGUGUUAUAUCGGGCCCUGGGCCGAGUGCUUGUGGAAGGCGGUAGUGAUGAGAAGCGACUCUGCUUGCAACUUCUUUCAGAUGUUCUUCGGGGUCAGGGGGAGGCAGGCCAGCUGGAAGAGGCCUUUAGCUUAGCCCUUCUGCCUCAGUUAGUUGUCUCGUUAAGAGAAGAGAAUCCAGCCCUGCGGAAAGAUGCACUACAGAUCCUGCACAUAUGUCUGAAACGUAGUUCUGGCCAGGUGCUGAGAACGCUUAUACAACAAGGACUGGAAAGUACCGAUGCCCAGCUUAGAGCUUCCACAGCCCUACUGCUACCUAUUUUGCUUACUCCUGAGGAUUUGUUGCACGGCCUAGAUCUCACCGAGGUGAUAAUAUCCCUAGCCCGAAAGCUAGGCGGUCAGGAGAUAGAAGAAGCAGCUGAGACCGCUUUCUCUGCUCUUCAACAAAUUGGGGAGCGACUUGGCCAAGAGAGAUUUCAAUCCUACAUCUCUCGCCUGCCGUCUGCCCUGAGGAGACACUACAAUCGCCGCUUGGAGUCCCAGUUUGGAAGUCAGGUUCCUUAUUAUUUGGAACUUGAAGCCUCUGGAUUUCCUGAAGAUCCCCUUCCCUGUGCAGUGACUCUUUCCAACAGCAAUCUUAAAUUUGGGAUUAUUCCUCAGGAACUGCAUUCAAGAUUGUUAGAUCAGGAAGACUAUAAAAAUAGGACUCAGGCCGUUGAAGAAUUAAAGCAGGUGCUGGGAAGAUUUAACCCUAGUUCUACACCUCAUUCAAGUCUUGUCGGUUUCAUUAGCUUGCUGUAUAAUUUGUUAGAUGAUUCUAACUUCAAAGUGGUCCAUGGCACACUCCAGGUCCUGCAUGUACUGGUUAUUCGCCUUGGGGAACAGGUACAACAGUUCUUGGGACCAGUUAUAGCGGCUUCUGUCAAAGUGCUGGCAGACAACAAGUUGGUGAUCAAGCAAGAAUACAUGAAAAUCUUCCUCAAGCUGAUGAAGGAAGUGGGUCCUCAACAGGUGCUUUGUUUACUCCUGGAACAUCUGAAGCAUAAGCAUUCCAGAGUGAGAGAGGAGGUGAUAAACAUUUGCAUCUGCUCCCUCCUGACCUAUCCCAGUGAGGAUUUUGACUUACCCAAGCUGUCUUUUGAUCUUGCCCCAGCUCUUGUAGAUAGUAAACGCAGGGUACGCCAAGCAGCUUUAGAAGCUUUUGCUGUGUUAGCAUCAUCAAUGGGCUCAGGUAAGACCAGUAUCCUUUUCAAAGCUGUGGAUACUGUUGAAUUGCAAGAUAAUGGAGAUGGAGUGAUGAAUGCUGUACAAGCCAGAUUGGCUAGGAAAACCCUCCCAAGGCUAACAGAACAGGGAUUUGUGGAAUAUGCAAUACUCAUGCCAUCUUCUGCCCAGGGUAGGUCAAGCCAUUUAGCACAUGGAGCAGAUACAGACUGGCUUUUGGCUGGCAACAGAACACAGAGUGCACACUGUCACUGUGGUGACCACACAAGGGAUAGCAUGCAGAUUUAUGGAUCUUACAGUCCAACUAUCUGUACCCGAAGGGUGUUAAGUGCAGGAAAAGGAAAAAAUAAAUUACCAUGGGAAAAUGAGCAGCCUGGAAUCAUGGGAGAAAACCAGACCUCCAAUGCCAAGGAUAUAGAGCAGUUCUCAACAUGUGAUUUCAUCCCAUCUCCAAAAUUAAAGCCCUCUCAAGGAAUGCCGGUCAAUGAUGAUUUGUGUUUUAGCAGAAAAAGAGUGUCAAGAAACUUAUUUCAGAAUAGCCGGGAUUUUAACUCAGAUUCUCUUCCUGUAUGUGCUGGUACUACUGGGACUCAUCAGACAAAUCUUUCUGGGAAGUGUGGACAACUUGGAUUUUCACAGAUAGGUGGUAAAACUGGAAGUUUGGAUUCUGACUUACAGUUUCUGGGGACAGCUAAUAGUCAUCAAGAUAAAGUGUGUACUAGCCUUAAUUUUGGCAGUAAGACACAGCAAACAUUUGGUAGUCGAACGGAGCAGACUUUAUCAUACUCUGGUCCAAAUCCAAGUCCAGGAGCCUUCAUCCUUCCAUCCUAUCCUCUCUCGUCACCUCGAACUAGUCCAAAGCACAUAUCUCCUCUUACUGGAUCUCCAAAGAAAUGUCAAGAUAAUUCCAUUAAUUUUUCAAAUUCCUGGCCUCUUAGAAGCUUUGAAGGGCUGUCAAAGCCGAGUCCACAAAAAAAUCUUGUCAGCCAAAAAGCAUCUGACUUUACAGGAGAAAAUUCCCAAGGAAAACCUUCUCCAGUUCAGCUUACACCUGCUUUGGUGAGAUCACCAUCUUCCCGACGAGGCCUAAAUGGGAUAAAGCCUGUUCCUCCCAUACCAAGAGGAAUAAGCCUUUUGCCUGAUAGAGCUGAUCUAAGCACAGUGGGACACAAAAAGAAGGAACCUGAUGAUAUUUGGAAGAGUGAAAAAGAUAGUCUUACAAUUGAUCUUUCAGAAUUAAAUGUCAAGGAUAAAGAUGUGGAUCAGGAAGAGAUGCAGAGCUCUCUUCGGUCCCUUCGGAAUAGUGCCGCUAAGAAAAGGGCAAAACUAAGUGGCAGUACUUCUGACCUUGAGAGCCCUGAUUCUGCAAUUAAGCUCGACUUAACUAUGGAUUCCCUAUCUCGAUCUUCCUCUCCAAACAUCACCUCUUACAAUGAAAGUGGAGUUUACAGCCAAGAAUCACUGACUUCUUCUCUAUCUACAACUCCCCAGGGGAAGAGAAUAAUGUCAGACAUAGUUCCAACAUUUGGAUCAAAACCUGGCCCAACAAGACUUCCUUCAGCAAAAAGUAAAAACUCUCAUACAGCUGAACAAAGCCCCAGUGCAGGGAUCUCAGCAUCCAAUGUAAGCAUAAUCGGUCAACGUAUGAACUAUGGGUGUGGAUGUGGCAAUUUUGAAGAUGAUAAAUCGUAUGACAUUUCGCCUAGUAUUCUAAAAAUACAAAAUAAGGAACACCCAAGACAUUAUAAGCAUACAAAAGGAUGUACAGGGUCAACAUCAAAUUUACAGCAAAUUUCCAGUUUUGACUUGACAUCCACAAAUACCUUAUCAGAAGACUCAGUAGUAGUUGUCGGAAAAGGUGUAUUUGGAAGCCCAAAUUCAGCAGCAGCAACUUGCAGCCAGUCCGUGAAAUCUUCUGUGGAAAAUGGGGAUACAUUUUCUAUUAAACAAAGUAUUGAACCUCCAUCAGGGAUUUAUGGAAGAGCAGUCCAGCAAAGUAUUCCAUCAUAUCUUGAUGUUGAGAAUGAAAAAGAUACUAAAGUUUCUAUGUCAAAAUCUACUUAUGACAAGAUGAGACAAAAGAGAGAAGAGAAAGAAUUUUUUGGCAUUAAAGACUGUGAAAAAAAGGAACAGAAUCUCUGGGAACGAAUAAAACAUACAGGAACUGAGAAAAUGGCAUCUGAAAACUUACAUAUUUUUGGAGAGGAGGUGAAAAAAAAUGAGAGUUCCCCUUUAGAAAACAUUGCCUUCCACCCUCCAUUGAAAGGAGAGGCCAGUUUAAAAAGGUCACCAUCUUUAGUGUUUUCAGAUUCAGGUGAAGCAUUUCCCGGAGCCAUUCCACAGUAUAAAGAAAGGUUGCCAUCUGUCACUCAUAGUCCAGAAAUAAUGGAUUCCUCAGAACUACGGCCAUUUUCCAAACCAGAAAUAGCACUGACAGAAGCCCUAAAGCUUUUAGGUGAUGAAGAUUGGGAGAAGAAAAUUGAAGGACUGAAUUUUAUUAGAUGCUUGGCUGCUUUUCAUUCUGAAAUAUUGAACACAAAGUUGCAUGAAACAAGCUUUGCAGUAGUUCAAGAGGUGAAAAAUUUACGCUCUGGAGUUUCUCGUGCUGCUGUGGUCUGUUUAAGUGAUCUUUUCACGUACCUGAAAAAGAGCAUGGAUCAAGAGCUAGAUACUACAGUAAAAGUUUUGUUACACAAGGCUGGAGAAUCUAAUACAUUUAUAAGAGAAGAUGUUGACAAAGCAUUGAGGGCGAUGGUUAAUAAUGUAACUCCUGCACGUGCAGUCAUUUCUCUUAUCAAUGGAGGGCAAAGCCACUUACACAUAGCAGUCAGAAGAUGUACAGCUCAGCACUUAUCAGAUGUACUGGAAUGUAUGGAACCAGAACGUGUUUUAUCUGGAACAAAGGAUAUGGCUGACCGUAUAUUACCAGCUGCUGCUAAAUUUGCCCAGGACAGUUCACAAGAAACCAGGUAUUAUGGUCGAAAGAUGCUUUUCCUCAUGAUGUGUCAUCCUAACUUCGAUAAAAUGCUUGAAAAGUAUGUCCCAUCUAAAGAUUUACCCUAUAUUAAGGAAUCUGUUAAAAACUUACGGCAAAAGGGGUUUGGGGAGAUACCACUAGAUCCUCCUUCAGCAAAAGGAAGACGUUCUCAUACAGGCAGUGUUGGAAAUACAAGGUCAUCAUCUGUUUCUAGAGAUGCUUUCAAUUCAGCUGAAAGAGAGGUAACUGAAGUUCGUGAAGUCACCAGAAAAUCAGUUCCCCGUAAUACCUUAGAAAGUACUGAGUACAUUAAAGUCAUAACGGGCUUAUUAAAUGCAAAAGACUUUCGUGAUCGUAUUAAUGGGAUUAAGCAGCUUUUAUCAGAUACUGAAAACAAUCAAGAACUUGUUGUUGGAAACAUUGUGAAGAUAUUUGAUGCCUUUAAGUCUCGACUUCAUGAUUCCAAUAGUAAAGUAAAUCUGGUGGCUCUAGAAACAAUGCACAAAAUGAUUCCUUUGCUUAGAGACAACUUAUCUCCUAUAAUCAACAUGCUAAUUCCAGCAAUAGUAGAUAACAACCUGAAUUCCAAGAAUCCAGGGAUCUAUGCUGCUGCCACAAACGUUGUUCAGGCACUAAGUCAGCAUGUAGACAAUUACUUACUUCUACAGCCAUUUUGCACAAAAGCUCAGUUUUUAAAUGGAAAAGCAAAACAGGAUAUGACUGAAAAGCUUGCUGAUAUUGUUAUGGAACUUUAUCAAAGGAAGCCCCAUGCCACAGAACAGAAAGUGUUGGUUGUUUUGUGGCACCUCUUAGGGAACAUGACAAAUAGUGGCUCUCUGCCUGGAGCUGGAGGAAAUAUACGAACAGCCACAGCUAAAUUAUCGAAAGCACUUUUUGCACAGAUGGGUCAGAAUUUGUUAAAUCAGGCUGCAUCUCAGCCACCACAUAUCAAAAAGAGUUUAGAAGAACUGCUUGAUAUGACAAUUUAAAAUGAAUUAUAAAUCUUACUCUGAAAUACAGUAUGAUGAACAAAACAGUUUACAUGGUGACAAACGGAACACUUUUAAAGUUAACAUUUUCAGUGCCUGCACUUCUCAUCCAGUAAAUUAAGUAAAUGACUAUUUUUAUUUUUAGCCUGUGAGUAUAUAUCUGUCCUGUAUCAAUCCUACCACUUGCACCCAUCACACAAAAACCUAAAAUAAUUAAUAUAACCUAAUAUUCAUGAAAUCUGAGGUCACAUGAAAAUAAUCCAAGUUUAAUAUUUUUGAAAAAAGUCCUGCUCAUUUGCACUGUUCUAUAGAAACUGCAAAUUGUUACCCUAUAUGUACAAUUAGAUUUGUAAUUAAAAAUAUACUUUUUAUUAUGUAAUCAUGUUCUGCUAUGUCUCAUUACUCAGCCUUAUUUUAUGAAGUGGAAGAAAAGUCAUUGAACUAUGUUAUCACAAACUAAGUUUUGUGUGUUAUUUGUGGAAAAACAUGUAUUUCUGAAAUCAUUCUGCUAAUAUGAUUGUUCAGUAUUAGCUUGCUUUUGCUCCUGUGUUAAUGUGAUAUAUUUGCUUACCUUUUAGGUUUAAUCAUCUAUAUAAUCGUGAAAUUUAGCGAGUUAUAAUAAAGCAUGAUGACCAAAGUUUUAGGAAACUUUUAAACAUUUUAAAUGCAAGUUUAAGAAAACAUUGAAUGUAACUUCCCUAUUUUUGUGUGCAAACACUAAAUUUUAUUUCUAUAUGUCACAACAUUUUUAAAGGUGUUAUUUUGCUGGCCAUUUGUGUAAUUCUCAAAAAUAGUGCCAGGUCUUCUAUAGAUUUUCUCAGAAUUCUUGAGCUACAAGUACUGUAUGCAUCUUUAAAAAAGAAAAGGAAUGUUAUAAAAUAAAAGGAUUUAUUUCUGUAGAUGUGUAAGAGGUGUCAUGUUUUUCCAAUUUUCAUAUAUAUUAAAAUCAAAAAGUAUAUAUUAUAAUAUUGACAUAUCACUUUCAUCCUAACAACAGACCUGGGUUAUAGUACCAGCUUUACAGGUUAGCUGUGUGACCUUGGCAAGCCACUUACCUGGUCUGGACCUCAGUUUUCUCAUCUGUAAAAUGUAAGGGCUGAACUAGAUGUUUCUUAAGGUCCCAUCCUGCUCUAAACUCUAUGAUUCUAUGUUGUAGUUUGCUCAAUGAUCACAUUAUUAAAAUGUAAACUAUGUUCAUUCUUUUUCAGUUCUUAUCACUGACUAAUUUUCUAAUAUACUGAGCUGCUUUUUUAAUUGUGAUUCUUUGUUUUAAUCCACAACUCUUCUGAGAAAAAACAAAAACCAGGUUUUGCUUAUAUUUGCCACUUCUUUAAGCUAACCUGAAGGGGGAGUAAAGAGGUGGUUACUUGUUCUAUUUAUAUGCACUAUUUUAUAAUUACAUACACUUUUUUAAAUACCUUAUCUUUUCUUCCAAGUGUAUUUUGUUAUGUUCCUGUAGUUUCAACCAUCAGUUGGCAGUCCUUUUCUGUAAAGGGCCAGAAAAUAAAUAUUUUAGGCUUUUA